AAUGAUUCGGGUUCCGGGUCAUGGGUUCUGUUUAGACGAGCUAAAAUGAUGUGGAGCGGUAUGUGUUCGUGUUCAAACUCUGGAGGCGAUCAACAAAUGCUUCAAGAUUGUUGUCUGAGUACAAAUUUUUUCUCAAGGGCAAACGCUAAGCCUGAAGCUUGUUGCUAUUUGUUGGCUUCAAGAUAUUGUCGAGGACUCUUUUCUUUACUUAUUGUUUCCUUCUAUGGCGGUUGGUAUAUCCUCCUGCUGAAAUACGCUAGCAUUGUACAGGUGGGUUUCUUUGUUAAGUUAAUAUCAGUUUCAUGACGGAGUAUUAGAUUUCUAAGAGAUACCAACUUUCUAGAGGUUCUUCCGCAGUAAUUAUGAAGAAUAUAAUGGAUAUACUUUAAUUGCUUGAAGAUUUUGAAUCACAGAUGGUAAUUCACUUGUGAUGGAGUUAUGAAGACCCCUUUCAUCUUUUCCUCCACUUGGAGGAAAGCUUCUGCAUCAACAAACAAGGGUUCUCAAUAUCUCUUAUGAUGGAUUUCAUUCAAGAUUAUGGAGAAGAGUGCCAUCUCCUCCCUUGGCUGUUCUUUUCAGCUCUUGUCCCAACGUUGUUUUGCUCCAAAGUCUUUUCAGGUCUCCUUAUUUAGAAGACUAAGCCAAAGACUUCAUUAUGCAAGGUCAGCCAAUGCUAGACCUUUUCCUGAUUACUCCCCCAAGAAACCCACCAUAAAAGACUCUGAAUUUGUCCAUCAAAUCUCCAAUGCAAUAAAGUUACGUCGCUUUGAGCCCCUCCGUCGCAUCCUAAAGCCUUAUGAAUCCAAGUUCAGGCCUGAUCACUUUAUUUGGAUUCUCAUGAACAUUAAGACUGACUAUAGACUGGUUUUGAAUUUCUUUGAUUGGGCAUGCAUCCGCAGAGAACCAACACUAGAAGCCCGUUGCAUUGUUAUUCAAAUUGCCACAGCUUCAAAGGAUUUAAAAAUGACGCAUAAGCUUAUUCGUGAUUAUUGGGAAAAACCAAAUUUGGAUAUUAAUCAUUGCUUCCCUUAUUUUCUGGAGCGGUUAAUUUAUACAUAUAAGGACUGGGGUUCAAAUCCUCAUGUAUUUGAUAUUUUCUUCCAAGUCCUCAUUGGAGCUGGAAUGUUCGGUGAGGCAAGAAAGGUUUUUGACAAAAUGUUGAACUAUGGAUUAGUCAUCUCUGCUAAUUCCUGCAAUUUUUAUCUCAGCCGAUUAUCGAACAAUUUCAAUGGAGUUGGGAUGGCAAUUCGGGUUUUUAACGAAUUUCCUGAUGUAGGUGUCUGCUGGAACACAGAAUCAUACAACAUUAUUAUUCAUUCUCUUUGUCAAUUGGGGAAAGUAAAAGAAGCCCACCAUUUAGUCCUGCUAAUGGAGUUCAGGGGCAUUGUUCCUGAUGUUAUAAGUUAUAGUACCAUAAUUGAUGGAUAUUCUCAUGUUGGAGAGCUACAAACAGUGUUGAAGCUUAUAGAAGAGAUGGAAAUAAAAGGAUUGAAACCAAAUUCAUAUACCUACAACAGCAUAAUUCUUCUUCUCUGCAGAACAGGUAGACUCUUGGAAGCAGAGAAGUUCUUUAGGGAGAUGAUAAAUUGGAAAAUUUUUCCUGAUAAUGUGGUUUAUACAACUUUGAUUGACGGGUUCUGUAAGAAAGGAAAUACAGGAGUUGCGUAUAUGUUGUUUGAUGAAAUGCAUGGUUUAGGAAUCAUUCCUGAUGUGUUAACAUAUACAGCCAUGAUUUGUGGCUUGUGCCAAACAGGAAAGAUGGCAGAAGCAGAUAAACUCUUUCAUGAAAUGCUUAGUCGAGGGUUUGAACCAGAUGAAGUUACAUAUACUGCAAUUAUUGAUGGCUAUGGCAAGGCAGGUGAAGUCAAAAAGGCCUUUUUGGUCCACAACCAAAUGGUUCAGAUGCACUGUACACCAAAUGUUGUCACAUAUACUGCUCUGGUUGAUGGCCUUUGUAGACUUGGGGAGGUAGAUACAGCAAAUGAGCUUCUUCAUGAGAUGUGUGGGAAGGGCCUUCAACCAAAUAUCUGUACCUACAACGCAAUUGUUAAUGGCUUAUGUAAAGUGGGAAAUAUUGCACAAGCUCAAAAGCUGAUGGAGGAUAUGGAGGUGACAGGACUUCAUCCUGAUACUGUUACUUAUACCACUCUAAUGGAUGCUUACUGUAAGGCAGGGCAGAUGGUUAAUGCACAUGAGCUUUUGCGAGAGAUGCUGGAUAGAGGGCUUAAACCUACUGUUGUCACGUUCAAUGUCCUGAUGAAUGGGUUUUGUAUGUCUGAAAUGCUAGAAGUUGGUGAGAGACUACUAAAUUGGAUGUUGGAGAAGGGUAUAAUGCCAAAUGCAACUACAUACAAUUCUCUUCUGAAACAAUACUGCAUUAAACGUGACAUGCGAGCAACUACAAGUAUUUAUAGAGGCAUGUGUUCUCGAGGAGUGAUGCCUGAUGGAAACACUUACAAUAUUUUAAUAAAAGGGCAUUGUAAAGCUAGGAAUAUGAGAGAGGCAUGGUUUUUGCACAAAGAAAUGGUUGGAAAUGGAUUUGAUCUCUCUGCUAGUUCCUACAAUGCCCUCAUCAAGGGAUUUGUUAAGAGGAAGAAAUUUUUGGAGGCAAGAGAACUUUUUGAAGAGAUGAGAAGGAAAGGAUUAGUUGCAAAUAAAGAAAUAUACAAUUAUUUUAAUUAUAUAAAUUUUGAAGAAGGGAGCACAGAGUCCAUUCUGGAUCCUUGUGAUGAAAUUAUAGAGAAGUGCCUUGUGGGUGAGGCUGACAAUGAAAACUAAUAGCUGGCAGCCAGAGUUUCAGUUUUGAUUCGCAUACACCUGCAGGAAAGUCUCUUUUCAGAAUCGGUUAUAAUCUUCUAAGCAUCAUGUUGAUAUGUGCACUGGGCGUCUGAAAUUUAUGAUGACGACAUGAUGGAUCAAGUGCUCUGAUAUGCAUUUUCAGCAUGCAUGUGUCGACUAUGUCAAUAUAGCUGUCUAUGAGUUCCCUAUAUGAAGGUACUGACGAUGGAUGAAGUACUCUGAAAUGCAUUUUCAGUAUGCGUGUGUCGACUAUCUCAAUGUGGCUGUCUAUGAGGAGUUCCCUAUAUGAAGUGGGCUUGGUCAUCAGAGUUGAAUUUCUGUCAUCUUAGGUUGGAGUUUUGACCCAAAACAGAUGAAGCACAGUUAUGGAAACCCUACGAAAAUCAACCCCAAUGGAGAGAGGAAGCUGGUUCUUGGGCAUUAUUUUUAUCGAACUGACUAGAAAUCACUUGUGCAUGAAGACAAGUUGACCGGUCACCACAUGAAAUGGGAAUUUGACAUAAAUAGAAGGUGGUGGCUGUCAGCAAUCUCAAGUUAUUAUAUGUCAGAAUUUCUGAUUUCAAAACAUCCUGGUAACCCAGAAGUUUUGUAAACUCGGAGUAAAGUUUUAACACAGUUCUUUCAUUGGCAUACAUAUCUCCUGUCCAUUUUUUGAGGAAUUCUUCCCGGUCUGACAGUAUAGAUUUGCUAGUGGAGCUGAUGAAUGUAUACAAUAAUAGCACAUGAAUACACAGUGCUAAUUGUGAAUAAAAAUUCUGUAUAUGAUGAGAAGAUGACCUUGUAUCAAAUAUAUGUUUCAUUUCAAGACCUUUCCGUUCACUCAAAGUUCUUUCAGG